AUGGGUGACGGUGGCUAUCUCAUUCUCGUAAACGGUACGCCGUACCGUUGGAAACGGUCAGACCAGAUGAGCUAUCAGAUGAAGUCUUGGGAUUUCCCGGAUGUCAUUGAAGCUGGAAAGGUACCCAGAAUCUACGUCGAGUUCAGUCAGGGAGCGUUCAAAAAGCGUUCCGAUACAAGUGGAUCUGUCAAGUAUACCCUAGAGGGCACAAAAUGCAGCUUCACCAUUCAUGUCCGCGACGACGAUGAAAGACUCUGGGUCAAGCUCGACUCUAUUGAAGCAGUCGGUAAUUCCAAGGGUUCUGAGAUUCAACUUGGCUGGCGACAUGACGAAUGCAUUACCUUCGUUCUGUCUGGCACACAGGAUGAGUUUCACACUACCAACCCGCCCAUGGACUGGAUGCAACAAUGCAGAGGAACUUUGGGUAAACGUCCUCUUUCGCAACUUUGUUUGCUGGGAACUCAUGAUAGUGCCAUGUCAACUACCUCACACUCUCUUGUUCCGGUCAGUCCUAUCGAUCCGUAUGUAUUGUGUCAGUCAGAGGACAUCCAUGGACAGCUCGAGCUGGGAGCGAGAUACUUUGACAUUCGUCCCCAACUCUACAAGGGAAAGUGGUGCACUGGUCACUACACCGGCAAGGUCGGUGCUCGAGGAGAAUCCAUCUCCAGUAUCAUCGACGGUGUCAACAAGUUCACAAAGAACAACGGUGAACUGAUCAUCAUCAACUUCUCUCACUCUCUUCAGAGCGACGUCGAAGAGUGGCGCGAGUUCAACAAGGAGGAAUGGCACAAGCUUAUGGAGGAACUUCUCAAGCUGGAGCAUCGUUAUAUCAUCGAAGACAAGUCCAAAGCCAACAACCUUAGUUCUGUCAAGCUUGAUGACUUUAUCGGCAAUGGAAAAGCAGCAGUCGUAUGCAUCAUCGAGGAAUGGGGUAGCAUGAGUCUGGGUGACUACGCGAAGAAGGGAUUUUACAAGUCUUCCCAGUUCAACGUCCGAAACGAAUACUCUAACAAAGAUGAAACAGAGUACAUGGUCAACGAUCAAAUUGAGAAGAUGAAGCACCACAUGUCAUCCAAGGACAAGAGACUCUUCCUAAUCUCUUGGACUUUGACACAGCAGGUGCCCGCGUGGGCUGGAAGCGUCACAAGUUUCGCUGACAAAGUGGGUGAUUCAAUCAAGCCGAUCAAGUUUCUUGCUCGAGAGUGUAACAAGGAGCUUUACCUGAGGCUUUUGCCUGAGGUCACUGACAAGGCCUUUCCGAACGUGGUUUACAUCGAUUACCUCAACCACAAGGAAUAUCUUCCUUUGGUGAUUGCCAUCAACGACAAGGUUUUCAACAACUGA